UACCAUACAGUCUACUUAUGGAAGUCUUAUUAUAUCUUGUUUUAAUUUAUUAUCAUUUACAGACUACACAACUUCUUAAUACAGCAGUGCUGACUGGAAGACAAGUAUCUCAACCUAUGAAAGUUUUUGUUGUAAGUCAAGCAGGAAAAGUUGGCGAUGUUACAUUACAAUCAUCAUGUCAUUCUGCUGAUGAAUCUAUUCUUAAAGUUUCACCAUCGUGUACAUCAGUUUAUUUAGAUGGCUCAGAGAUUCGAGGCUCUCAAAAUGCUUCUGUAUUGGUGAAAUAUGGAACAUAUACUGGUCAAGCACACUUUUUAGUAUGGAUGCCUGAAAUACCAUUAAUUGUUCGAUUAUCUGAUACAAAAUUAAGUCAAGUAAAAGGUUGGAGAACACCUCAGUUAGAAAGAAAGUAUGUAUUUUAAAAAAAAUAUAUUAUAUCUAUAGUAUUGUAACCAACAUUAAAAUUUAAUUUCUGUACACUAUAUAGGUACACAAAUUUAUAACUAAAACUGUAAAAAACUAAUGCGAUAUAUUUAUCCAACGCAUUAAUGAUUUCAGUAUUGUGAAAAAUACAGAAAUACUGAAAAUAUACAAAUUUAGCAUAAGGAAGAACUAUUUUCAGUUCAAUUUACAAUUUUUAUUCAUAAUAGUUAUUCAUCAUCACAAUACUUGUGAUGAUGAAUAACUAUAAUCUUAUCUAAUGUCUAAUGUUUGGAAGUUAUUAUAUAGUUAAUAUUCA